UCAUGGUGCCAAGACUUCCCGAGUGAAAUAGGAUAAUUGAGGAUGGCAACCACAGCUUGUUUUAUAAUUGUGAGCAGGAAUGAUAUCCCUAUAUAUGAAGCUGAAGUUGGAUCUGCUACUAAAAGGGAAGAUGCUGCACAGAUGCAUCAAUUUAUAUUGCAUGCAGCUUUGGAUAUUGUUCAGGAUCUUGCAUGGACCACCAGUGCCAUGUAUUUGAAGGCAAUUGACAGGUUUAAUGAUAUGGUGGUGUCAGUUUAUGUUACAGCUGGUCAUACGAGAUUUAUGCUACUUCAUGACUCUCGCAAUGAUGAUGGAAUCAAAAGCUUUUUCCAGGAGGUUCAUGAGCUGUAUAUAAAGGUAAACCACUUCUUGCUUCUACUGUUUGGAACUUUAACAUGGAUGCUGAUUUGUUCAAGUCUUUAUUUUGUGUUAAGAUUAUGGAUAUUUCUAUAUGCUCAGAAAUUAUACUUAUUUAGCUGUUUAUGCCAAAGUUUCAUGGUAUUAUGAGAUGGUAACCACUAACAAACAAACCUAGGCAGUUUACGCAUUUCACAAUCAUAUUGAGGUACAAGAUCCAGAAGAUACCGCUGUCUACUAAAAGCACCUCAAACCCAUUUUAUUCCAAUUUUAUGAGGGAAUCUGCAGUCCUUAUCUUGUUGGAAUUUAGAUUUGAUUUGACAUCUUUCCUGCAUUUUUCAUUGUUGGUCAUGCUUGUCCCAAUUUGCUGUGACUUUUGUUCCUCGAAUGCUACAAAAUCUGUUGAAAUAUAUGCACUUGUGAGUUAUUGAAAAAUUCGCACCUUAAUUAAGAAUAAGAGAGUGAGUGGCUGAUAUACAAUGAUAGACUUAUAACCCAAAAGCUUAGAUGCUUGUGUUGCAGGUGGUGUUCACUCAUAAUGUAAAUAUCUCAUGUGUAGGCCAAUGGAGGCCUUUAGAUCAAUGCGUGAUAAAUAGUGCAGAUCUCCCAACAAGUAGCAGCAGAGCUUAUAGUUUGGUAGAUACAAAUGAAUGCAACUAGUGUUUGUAGAGCCAAUGG